AUGCUGUCAAAAAGAAUCCUCUCCCUGCCAAAAGGCAGGCUUCCUGCGGCCUGCUCGGCGCGGCAACACAGCACCCGCACGACAAGUGCUUCAACGGCGGCAGACCCCGCGCUCUCCCACCUUCCUCCGUCUCACCCGCACCCCAUAGCCACCUCCUCGUCCUCUCCACGACUUGCAGAGCUCAAGUCCGCCAAACCAUUCUCUGAAUUCCUGACAGAUACCUUCAACCGGCAACAUGACUAUUUGCGCAUCAGCGUCACCGAACGCUGCAACCUGCGAUGUCUAUAUUGCAUGCCCGAAGAAGGAAUCGACCUGUCACCUACCAACCGCCUCCUUACCUCUCCAGAGAUUGUAUAUCUAUCGUCGCUGUUCGUCUCACAGGGUGUGACCAAAAUUCGCCUGACGGGAGGCGAGCCGACCGUCCGCAAGGAUAUCGUGCCGUUGAUGCAGGACAUCGGGAAGCUACGACGGAAUGGUCUACGAGAGCUAUGCUUGACCACGAACGGGAUCUCGCUUCAUCGAAAACUGGACGCGAUGACGGAAGCGGGAUUGACCGGAGUCAAUCUAAGCCUUGACACACUCGAUCCCUUCCAAUUCCAGAUCAUGACCCGCCGCAAGGGAUUCGAUGCGGUAAUGAAGAGUAUUGACCGCAUCCUGGAGAUGAACAAACUAGGCGCGGGGAUCAAGUUGAAGAUCAACUGUGUCGUGAUGCGAGGGAUGAACGAUCGCGAGAUUGCCUCUUUUGUCGAACUCGGUCGCGAGAAACCGGUCGAGGUACGGUUCAUCGAGUAUAUGCCAUUUGAUGGAAACAAGUGGAAUAAAGGCAAAAUGUUCUCCUACCAGGAAAUGCUGGCGGUGAUCCGGGAGAAAUACCCGACUUUGGAAAAAGUUCAAGACCACAAGAACGACACAAGCAAAACCUAUCAAGUUCCGGGCUUUGAGGGACGAGUGGGAUUUAUCACGAGCAUGACCCAUAACUUCUGCGGCUCUUGCAAUCGCUUGCGGAUCACCAGCGAUGGGAAUCUGAAAGUGUGUCUUUUCGGCAAUGCCGAAGUGUCAUUGCGGGACAUUAUUCGCAAAGAGAAUGAUGGCUUACCCAUUGAUGAGAUUGCUGCCAGGGAGCUACGACUGAUGGAAACCGUCCAGGCGGCUGCUCGUCUGAGUGAUGAGGGUGACUUGGUGCCCGGGCGUGAAAGAGAACUCCUCGAUAUCGUCGGCAUGGCAGUCAAACGUAAGAAGGCCAAGCAUGCUGGGAUGGGCACCCUGGAGAAUAUGAAGAAUCGACCUAUGAUCUUAAUCGAUCGUAAGUCGACACUACAAGACGUAGGGAGCUCCAGUCGAGAACCAUGGCCAACCACACACCCCUCACCUUGGUCGAAGAUACCGUCGUACAUACUGCCAAUGAACCGAAUAUUUCCACAGAUGCGCUACUACACGACCAGCAAAGCACCAUCCACAUCAACCGCUCAAUCUACCAAGAUGAAGACCAAGACCAAACCCAACCGAACCACCCACGCUCUCCCCACCGACUCUGAUCCCGACCUGCCCCAUCUCACCCCAUCCCAAACAGUCCACAUGACUCAAAUCACCCUCAAACCCGAGACCGAACGCAUCGCCACAGCCGCCUGCACCGUCGCCUUCUCCAACGCUCGGCCCUGGACCAUUCUGCGUCAAGGCCAAGGCACCCACAAAGGCGACGUCUUUAGCGUCGCCCGCAUAGCAGGCAUCAUGGCUGCGAAAAAGACCCCCGACCUGGUGCCGCUGUGUCACCCUGGACUUGGCAUCACGGGGGUGGAAGUUAGCGUCGAGUUGGAGGGUCCUGUGGAAAAGGGCGGUGCAGAAGACGAGGGUUGCCAGCAUGGAUGUAUGCGGAUUUUGGCCACGGUGAGUUGUUUUGGAAGGACAGGGGUAGAAAUGGAGGCUAUGACGGCUGCGAUGGGGGCUGCAUUGACGGUGUAUGAUAUGUUGAAGGCGGUCGAUAAGGGGAUGGUGAUUGAGGGGGUGAGGUUAAUGGAGAAAAUUGGAGGGAAGAGCGGGCAUUGGAGGAGAAAAGAUGAUGUGAAUGAAACAUAA